AUGUCAUCAAACCCAUCUCAAAGGGAGAAAUUAGAAUCUGAUUUGAAAAGAGAAAUUAAAAAACUUCAAAAAUUAAGAGAACAGAUAAAAGUAUGGCAAACUCAAAAUGAAGUUAAAGAUAAAGAAAAACUAUUGGAAUAUAGACGACUGGUGGAAGUGGCAAUGGAAAAGUAUAAAGUUGUUGAGAAAGGUUCUAAAGUUAAAGCAUAUUCUAAUAUGAGUUUAAAACAAGGUACUGAUUUAGAUCCAGAAGAAAAGGAAAAAUUAGAAACUAUUCAAUUUAUUGAAGAAUCUAUUGAAAAUUUAGAAAAUCAAUAUCAAAGUGUUGAAGCAGAAGUUGAUAAAUUAAGUUCUAAAAAAUCUAAAAAGCAAGCAAGUGCAAAUGAAUCUAAAAAAGAGGAAUUAAAAGAGUUUCAAGAAAGAUAUAGAUGGCAUCAACAAAAUCUAGAAAUUGCACUUAGAUUAUUAGAAAAUGAUGAAUUACAAGUUUCAGAUAUCUUGGAGAUUAAAGAAGAAUUAACUUAUUAUUUAGAAAGUAAUAGAGAUUCAAAUUUUAUUGAAAAUGAAUAUAUUUAUGAAUCUUUAGAUUUAGAAUCGAAUGAAUUAUCAAAUGAAGUUGUUUCAUCAUUAAGUCAAAUUCAAGAGGAAAAAGAAGCUAAAGAAGCAAAAGAAAAAGAACUAAAGGAAAAAUCAAUUUCUCCAAGACCUGGAUCAAAUGCAAGCCCGAGUGGGUUAACACCAAAGAAACCAUUAGUUGAAACUCCAAAAUCUAAGAAAUUUGCUACAUUAUCAACAGGUACACCAACAUCAGCAGCAGCAACAAGUUCUACACAACCUGGAUCAUCAUCAUUCCCUUCAGUGAUAGGAAGUUCAACAGCUUCAACAAGUACGUUAAAACCUGCUAUAACACCUGUUAAACCUGCAAGUGAAAUGAAAUGGUCUGCACUGGCAGCUGCUGGAUUACCACCAACAUCACAAGAUUCAAACGUUAAUGUAAAUUCAAGUCCUAGUGGUGGUAAUGAAGUUGUUUCAAAUUCUGGUACUACUAGUGUGCCAACUACUACAACUUCAAAUGUUGGAUCAACAACUACACCAAAUGUUUCUAAAGUGGUACCAUCAUCAUCAUCAUCAAAUGAAUCACCUGUGAAAUCAAGUACGAUAGAAAGUGAUAGUCAAAAGAGUAAUGCUGCUACAAUAUUUGAUAAAAAUGUUAUAAUACAAUCAAAUUCUAAUACACCACCAAUCAAUGAAUUAGAAUUUCAACAAGAUUCUGAAUUAAUAAAUUUACCACCAGGUAUCCAGGAUAUAAUAACAUCAUUUGUUUCAUGUCGGAAAUUAAAUUAUAAUAAUCAAGAAUCUAUAAAAACAAUAUCAAAUGUUUCAAAUUUAUUAGAAGUUCCCAAGGAUCAUUUAAAAAAUAAAAUUUCAUCAUCAAUAACAAAUUCAUCAUUAGAAUUAUUAAGAGUUUCAAAUUUUUGGAAUUUAACAAGAUUACAAAUGACUGGAUCAAAUUAUAUGAAUUUUUUGGGUAAUUUAGAUGAUGGUAUAUUAUUUUAUGCAUUUUAUUAUGGGAUAACACCAUUUGAAAAUUUUAUUGUUGAACAAGAAUUAAUUAAAAGAAAUUGGAGAAGUGAUUUAAUUAAAAAAAAUUGGUAUCAAUUGAUAUCAUUAUCUCAAAUUCAAUCACAAUCUAAUAGUACUGAUUUCCAAAUUGGUAAUUUCAAAAAAUUUGAUGCAGAAAAAUGGAAUUUAAUUGAUUUAAUUAAUCAUAAAUUAAAUUUAAAAACUUUAACACCAUUGGUCUGA